UCUGCAGGGCGCCCACGCAGGCCGUCACGCACCGACUUCGGGGCGAGGGACUGGACGGAAAUGCCCCGAGGGGUCAGCCGUUGUCCGGGCGACGGGGUGGCUCCGCGGGAGGGCGGCCGAGUUCUGUCUCCACGGAGACCGAGCAGGCUCCGCCGACGCCACGAAAGGCCGGCACCCCCGCCCGACGGCCAAGGCCCGCAAGGAGCCCAAAAGGAAAGAAAGGCCGGAGACGACACCCUGACCCCCAGCCUGACCCCUCCCCCAUUCCCGUGGCCCAGGGCCGCGUCCACCCCGCCAGAAGACGCAGGCCGGGGGAAGGCAGGGGUUAGGCUGGAGGCGCGGGCCGGGGGCACCGCCGUCCCGCGUGCCGGCGCCCCAGGCCGCGGCCCAUGGCGCCCAAGAAGAAGCGCGGGCCCGGCGCGGGGCGGCGGCCGGGCGCGGCGGGAGACGGCGCCGAGCCGCGGCUGUCGGAGCGCGGCCAGUACCUGCAGCGCGAGCACAGGCUGCUGUCGGAGCAGCUGGACGCCUGCGAGGCGCGCGUGGACCAGGUGCUGCGGGGGAACGCCGGCCUGGACCGCGAGGCCGCGCGCCUGCGCGAGGAGAACCGGCUCUACGCCAGCUACGUGAGCGCGCGCGCGCAGCGCUGCGCCCGGGCCGUGGUGCGGCUGGACGAGCAGAGCCGCGUGGACCUGACGCAGAUCCACUGGCAGCGGGCCGAGCUGGCCUCGCUGUACCGCGGCCGCGAGGACGGCGUGCGCGCGCAGCUGCUGGACAUGGAGGCGCGCGCGGCGCGGAUGGCGCGCCAGGUGCAGGAGCUGCGGCCCUACAAGGAGCUGCAGCUGGAGCAGUUGGCGCGGAUCCGCGCGCUGGAGCGCGAGCUGCUGCACAUGCGCGUGGAGCACACGCAGCUGCUGCACCGCGUCAAGGGCCGCUUCCUGGAGGACAAGGCGGCCUUCGAGCGCGAGGCGCGGCAGCGGGUGCAGUCCCUGGCGCGGCGCGCGGAGCGGGAGGCGGCGCGCGCGCUCGUCCUGCACACGCAGGCCAUCCGGGCUGACAACGCGCGCCUGCGGCGGGAGCUCCUGCGGCUCCUGCGCUGGGCCCAGCUGCUGCACGACACGCGGCGCCGGCUUCUGGAGCAGCGGGACCAGCUGCGGCGCGAGCACGAGGACACCCGGGACCUGGCGCGGGUGCAUGGCUGGCUGCGCCGGGGCCGCGACGGACCGCCGCUGUGGCAGCCGCCGCCGCCCGCCUCGCGUCCCGGGUCCUUCGCCCCCUCCACAGCGCCAUCGAGCGUGGCUCCCCGCACCCCGUCGCGCGCGGGCCCCAGGAUCCCAUCGCAGGCCCCUUCGAAGGCCGGUUCACGGGUUCCUUCCCAGCACUCAUCGCGCGCGGACUCCCGGGUUGCGUCCCUGACCCCGCCCCACCGGGGCUCCCGGGACCCGUCCUUGACCGUGUCGCGCCCAGGCUCCCAGGUCUCUUCGAGGUUCUCCUUAUCUGGGCCCGCACACAGCACGACUCCCUCCGCUCGGCCUGUCCUGGGCCCAGGCUCUUCCUGUCCCGCGGUCGAAGGAGACGGCGGGCGCUGACCCC